UCAUGCAACUGCCUGGCAGAGAGGGUGGAGUGGGCUGCAGGGAGGGCUGUGUGUUUGGGAAAUCUGAGAAGAGAGGAUCUCUAAGGAGAGGGCGUUGUUGCCUCUGUCACACACACUGAUCUUUCUCAAACUGGGGUGGGUGGAAGGCUGGAAACCCAAACACAAACAUAUGUUUGAACAAGAAAGCGAGCAGCUAGUCUUGCUGCCUGUCCUUGAGCCACUCCUGAUAAAACAGGUCUGAGGCUGGUAAACAAGAGACACUAGCACUGCCAGAUAAUCAGCAGGCCCAGUUCUCAGCCACCCGGCUAACUGUCAGUUUAUUCACGCAAAUGACAUGAAUUAGGUCAAUGUCUUUUAGCCUCAGGCGUGAGAAGCCACAGUUUGACCAAAUCCACAUACUAGUAGUGAUAUUUUUUCUUUGUGAUAUUCAUACAAAGCCUCUCAGCUAUUUUGAAUGAAGUGCUUAUCGUGAGUGAAAUUUCUGUUACACUGACAGACAACAUUUGGGAUAAACAAUGAUCUUAGAUUUGGUGUUACACCACCACUGUGGUGAAAAAAAGAGCAGUCAUUAGAAAAUUCCUUUAUCUCCAAUCUGUAAACAGAAUCCAUAUCAAAAGGACAGCACUCGAAAGACCUCAGGCGACAUUCAGUCUCCCAGUAACUUUGACCGAAAGCUGCGGGUCUGCAAAGUGAAUGGAUGAUUCAUAGGUAUCCCAAAGACACAAAGCCCAAGCUCAACAAUCUCAAGUCUAAAAAGGCCUCUAGCUUCCAUGAGUUCGCCCGCAGCACCAAUGAUGCUUGGGAUAUCGAUGAUGAGGAAGACGACGAUUUCCUCGGGACCCCCACCCCAACUUCAUCCUUGCCAUCAGGCCUGCACUCUACAUCCACAAAGAACCAGCAGCAGCAGAAUCAGGCAGGCGACACAGAAAGCAGGAUGCCACACAGACUGGCAUCUCCUAGCUCAGGAGCUCAAAACCUCCAGGAUGUGCAGGAGGAGGAUGCAGACUGCGAGCAUUUCAAUGGAAAGGUUGUCAAGUGUAAUAGUGAGGCCCAUCUCAACUCGUCCUCAGUUCGCUCCACGCUGCAGAAGCAGCAGUCUCUCCCAGUUCGUCCCAUCAUCCCACUGGUGGCUCGCAUCUCAGACCAGAAUGCGUCAGGGGCACCACCCAUGACAGUACGGGAGAAGAGCCGGCUGGACAAAUUCAAGCAGCUGCUUGCUAGUCCCAACACUGAUCUAGAGGAACUCCGGAAGCACAGCUGGUCAGGGAUUCCAAGAGAAGUCCGGCCAAUCACAUGGAGACUUCUCUCUGGCUACCUGCCAGCCAACAAGGAGCGCAGAGAGCUGGUGCUAAAAAGGAAGCGAGAAGAAUACUUUGGUUUCAUAGAACAGUAUUACCACUCCAGAACAGAUGAGCACUAUAAAGACACAUACAGACAGAUCCAUAUCGACAUUCCAAGAACCAACCCUCUGAUUCCCUUGUUCCAGCAGCCCGUAGUACAAGAGGUUUUUGAGCGUAUUCUCUUUAUCUGGGCCAUCCGUCACCCAGCCAGUGGUUAUGUCCAGGGAAUCAAUGAUCUGGUCACACCCUUCUUUGUUGUCUUCCUGUCUGAGUUUGUCACUGAGGAUGUGGAGAACUUUGAGGUGGCAGCUUUGCCUCUGGACACCCAGAGAAACAUCGAAGCUGAUAGCUUCUGGUGCAUGAGCAAGCUGCUGGAUGGAAUACAGGACAACUACACCUUUGCUCAGCCUGGGAUCCAGAACAAAGUGAAAGCUUUGGAGGAGCUGGUCAGCAGGAUAGAUGAGGACAUUCACAAUCAUUUCAAGAAGUAUGAGGUGGAGUACCUGCAGUUUGCUUUCCGGUGGAUGAACAAUCUGCUGAUGAGGGAGCUUCCACUUCGCUGCACUAUCCGUCUCUGGGACACCUACCAGGCUGAAGCAGAGGGUUUUUCCCACUUCCACCUGUACGUCUGUGCUGCUUUCCUUAUUGAGUGGCGCAAAGAAAUUCUCUCCAUGGUUGACUUUCAGGGCCUUCUCAUGCUACUGCAGAAUGUUCCAACAAUCCACUGGGGGAACGAGGAAGUGGGUCUCCUCCUGGCUGAAGCUUACAGACUGAAGUACAUGUUUGCAGAUGCACCUAGCCACUACAAGAGAUAGGCCUGGCGCCUCCACAUCACAGCAAACACAAUACUUUUAAACUUCAAAUUAAACCAGACUGUGACUGGAUGGACGCACACUAUCUGAGAAACUCCAGACAUAAAGUUUUGUCUCUGAGGGAACCUGGAAGUGACUGACGUAUUCAAGUGCAGCUCCAGGAGACCUGUAGGAUCGGAUCUCAGAGCCACUUAACUUAUCCUGUGAAAAUGAAAUCCACCGAAUAUCCAACACUGGAUUUGGGUUUAUGGUGCAGCCAUAGAGCUCAGUGAAUAUGAGACUAUUUGCAGUAAACGUACUGCACUGUAUCACUGGACUGUUACAGUAUGAAUAACCAUAGCUAUGCCAUUUUGGUUUACUUGUACUGUUUUUGUUCAUGCAACAUUGAUUGUCUCUAAGUUAAGUGUACACUCAGAAGUACCUGCUGUAAUAUAAAAGGAUGAUGAAUGUUUGUGAGAUCAUCCUUUUAGUGAAAGAUGGUAUCUAUAGAUUUUUUUUUUUUUUUUGCAGAUUUGUUUUAGUAGAUGUUUUACAAGGGAAAAAUAUUAGAUUUAAACUGGGCAACUACAACACUUUGUCAUAUUCUCUUUUCAAACUUAUUUAGUCUGACACUGUCAAGCUGUUCAGCAUAAGAUGGACUUUGGCUUUCCCUCACUUAUUGGUUGACAUUACUGAUAUUUUACUUUGUAUUUAGGUAUAAGACCUAAGACUACUACAAAGAGGUGCUGUGUUUCAUUUCAGGUUUUGUUUUGGUUGAAGGUGGAGGAACUGAUUAGGUAUCUUCCCCUUCAGGAGGAGUUUUUGGAAUAACUUUGAGGCUCUGGGGUAUAGCUUAUAUGUCAACAGUGGUAAAAAAUUUUCUGCCUCUGUGUAGAUCAGGAAAAUUAGAGAACUUCGUGUUAAUUUAGUUUUGGAACUCCCUAUUCAUAUGUCAGCUGAAAGAGCUCUAAUAUCACUUUGGAACUGACUUAGAUUCAUCUAAAUUUUAUUAUAUUUUAAGACGAUUGAAAUACAAUUUUAGUUAGGGAUUGUGGCACAUAUUAACACUCCAUUACUGGCACGAAAAGGGAUCAGUAACCACUUGCCUUUUGGCCUCUGUUGAUUUUUACCAAAUUCAAUUCUUAUGCAUAACAAUGAGAACAGUCAUCUUAUAAAUGCUCUUAUGAUUAUAAUAACAAGUAGCGAAAAUGUAAAUUUUCCUCAUUUUAGAAUUAUUGUUUAUGGAGAUAUUUUUUAAAUUGAGAAAGUGCCCCUUGUCAAUGCUUGUUGGUACUGAAAGACAUUUAGUCACACCAUCCUACCUGUGGACACAGUGCAGCUCAGAAUAUAUAAUGAUGCCUUUGUUAUGAGCAUUUGUAAUGUACUCCAUCUCUUUAAAGUGUAAAACGGAUAAAUGCUUUUUUUCUUUUUUUUUUCAGUGCUUGUGUUUUUUAUUUCAGGUUCAGGUUAGGUUGCUCUCAUAACUGAGACUUUUCCCUGUGCUUAUUUGUAACACUCACUCUGUUUGUGUGUGUUUGGGGGGUUUAGUAUGUGUGUUGCUAUUACUCAUCUACCUUCAUUACCAGUGAUAAUUAUAACAUAAUGUAUGUUGGAAAAAUAACAAACAUUAGGCUUUGUCACCCUUUAGCCAUUCCUACCAUUAGCUGUGUAUUUGAGGUUUUUGCUUCGAUCCUUUGCUUCACGUGAAAAUUGAACCAUUCUGAAGCACAUGCUGUGUUAGGCUAUAGCAAGGUUUAAAAUCAGGAUUUGCUGUGUACUAGAUUCCUGGCUAUUAUCCUGGUGAUUGUAGGCUACAACAUUUGAAAUUUGAAUUUUGAAAUAUCUUUCAUGAUUAGUCAUAAAAAGUCUUAAUUCACGUCCAGGAAUUAUUCAGUCCUUCUGAAACGUGGUGGUUCAACUGUAGGGUUCAACUAUAUGGUCGGUUUGUACGUUAUUAAGCCACCUAUAAGCUUAUGUUCAUCAACCUUGUUUUACUCACCUGAAACAUUGAAUUUUUUGUGAGUAUUACAGUAUGCCUUUAGCCUCGAAGUAGGUUUUUUCCAUGCAGCUGCACCAACUGAUUGUGUCCCUACCACCAUGGUGUUGUUCACUCCAUGCUGUGUUUAUGUAAAGGCAGUGUGUCCUUAGUCAUGAUGUUUUAUAACUAAAGGCUGACAAAUGGAGAGCUUGUUGACUUGUUUCAGAAGUGUACAUGCUGUUUGAACAAAAAUACGCCAAAAUCUUUAUUGGGCCAAUACAAUCUGUUUCAGAGUGCUUAGCUUAAGCCUCAAAUGAAGAAAAUAGUAAAUUAUUACAGUACCUGCUGUAUAUUAACUUUUUGUUUAUAUUAAAC